AUGACAUCCUAUGAAUCUCAAGGUGAGUCUCCGACGAGAUGUGGCCCUCAGUUCCCAAGCUUGGGGCAGGAGCCUCCAGAAUUGAGUCUGUACAGCGACAGCUACUAUCCACCACCAUCACUGCCGAGUCCACAGCGAACAAAUCCUUCCUCAUACGAACUCGGAGACUACGCCGCCUCAUCGCCUAACCCCUACCUGUGGUUCAACAGCCCAGGGAUGAACAGCACUCCUUAUCUGGGUGGAACGCCUGGCCCUGCAGGACCUCCUUUUGUGCCCCAGCACUAUGGCGUACAAAGGCCCUAUUUGGGACCUGGGGGACCAGGUGGUCCUGGUGGUGAACUGAGCUGGUUCUCCAUGCCUUCUCAAGAGGAUCUUAUGAAGCUGGUCAGGCCACCUUAUUCAUACUCAGCUCUUAUUGCGAUGGCCAUACACGGUGCCCCAGAUCGCCGCCUCACUCUAAGUCAGAUUUAUCAGUACGUUGCAGACAACUUCCCUUUUUAUAACAAGAGCAAAGCAGGAUGGCAAAACUCUAUUCGUCACAACCUCUCACUAAACGACUGUUUCAAAAAGGUUCCACGAGAUGAAGAUGAUCCAGGUAAGGGAAAUUACUGGACCUUAGAUCCGAAUUGUGAAAAAAUGUUUGACAACGGCAACUUCAGACGCAAGAGGAAGAGAAAGUCUGACAUUCUCCCAGAGAAGAGCACUUCUGGAGGGAAUCUGAAUUCUGAGUCAGGAGACAGUAAUGGCAGGGGCAGCCCAAAAAAUCAAGCUGUUGACAUUUCCACUUCACCUGAAAAGGGCCCUUCACCCGCAUCCACGGGUCCGUCACCAUGCUUGAGCAACUUCCUGACUGAGAUGUCUGGUGUAGCUGGUUCUCUCGACAUGGAAGGAGAUCCCCUGAGUCGUCCCUUUGCACUCAGUCUGCCAGUGGACGGAGCACAGAGAGCUUCACAACCCGCAGGGUUUGGCACUUACUCCCCCAGCUCCACGGUGUCCGAGUGGGCAUCACCUUUGCCCCCACCUCCCCACAUUUCCCCAUCACCCUCCCAUUCUGCUUUAGGCUACAGCGGGCCUGCUCUCAGUCAGUUUAAUGGGCAUUUCUACCCUGGUUUGAGCUCGACAGGCAUUCUUUACCCUCGGGAGGGAACAGAGGUGUAGGAAGGGAAGCGGGUGACAGCCAAAACAGAAAAAACAGAAUGAUCAAUUCACACCACAGACUCUGGGGGCAAGAAAAAACGGUUGUUUUCCUGAAACUAUACACUGCUUUUGACCUAACUGAACUCCUUUGAGUUCUGUGGGCACUAGAUUCGAAUGAAUUCCCACAGGAAUGGCCUAGUCAGCAUGAGAUAUGACAGGCUGACUCUAGCAAAGGCCCCUGUUACCAGCAGCUCUGACCUGGGGUCAGCUUUUUUACGCACCUAUC